ACACGAAAAUUUUAUUGAAUAUUAUUUUUAUUUUUUUAUACAAAAUUCUUUAACAAGUAUAUAAAAAUUUUCAACAUGAACGAAAUUUAUCUUUUCGCAUGGAUAGGAUAUAUUCGUUUUACCAAAUUUCAGAAAGAAGAGAACACGAAAGAAGUUUGGAGCAGUUGUCGUGCCAUGAAUUUUUUCAUGAUAUGUUUCGUCAUGUCAAUAGACAUCACAGUUGGUGUGCCACAGCCAAACGCAUGGUACAGCAUGGAACACACGGAUGGCAGAAAUGCGAUCUAUAGUAACAAAAUAGAUGAAAACAUAGCUUUGAAACUUCCUGGAACUACCCUGUUUUAUGACGAAAACCUUAAAUCAACUGCAGCAAAUUUCAGUCAAUCAAACAGCGGCAUCAUAAUAGAUCAGUUCAAUAAAACCUGCCUUACUAAUCCUUCACAAUGCGUUGAUGGUUUUACCUUAUCCUUUUGGAUAAAAUGGAUUAAGCCCACCAAGGAGUUUAUUUUUAGUUCUCAAUCAUUCAACAUGGAACACUUCACAAAUUCAGUGAUUCCAAUCGAGGUAUGGAAUGGUACUCACUCGUGGUCCAUUUUUCACAACACGAAACCAAUUCUUAAUCGCACAAAGGACGGCAGUAAUAGAGAUUGGCAUUUUUAUACUAUUCAAUGGAAUAAAACUUGUCUCAGUGUUUAUAUCAACGCGACAUUCAAUGAAGAAGGAUGCGACACUAGAGAAUACAGUAUACUUAUGUCGGAGACCCCUAUUAAGGAUCGUUUCGCGAUUGGAACAUCAUCAUACGUGCGAAGAUUAUUAACAGCUGUGGGAGUGUUUAUAGAUAACGUGCGCAUAUGGAACCUUCACCUUUCGCAAACAGCAUUGAAUGAGCUGCUAUUAACAGAUCUUGGAAGAUGGAAAACUACAGAAUCAAAGAUAAGCGUCUACGAUGCUCAAGCAAGUCUGUCGACUAUUGGUGAUAGAAAUUACGUGUCAAGCGGAGAGUUUAUCUUUGAAAGCAAUGUUUUAUCUGUGAAUGACUGCUAUAGAUUGUGCCAAAACCACAGGCCAAAUUGUCGUUCAUUUAGCAUCAAAAUUGACAAAAACUACAACAGAACAAUGUGUAGGCUGAACAGGUUGACAAAGUGCGACAAGAAGAGGAACAAGCAAGUUGGAUACUUGUAUUUUGAAAACUUAUGAAAGAAUUAAACCAGUAAAAAAUUGUAGUAUAGCUCUGAUUGUUCAGAUUUUUGCUAAUAACCAA